UCUGCCAGCAAGUUGGGAGGGUGCAUUACUCUGGCUGUUAUAAAAGGCCGUCAUUAAGUAAUCACAUUUCUCUUGCAUAAGUGCUUGUUUUUGGGAGGCUUUAGCCAAUCAGAGGCUGCAGCUCAGACAGAAAUCAUGUUUAACUACCGUGAUUUUUAAAAAUAUGCAUAAUGAUUAAUCUGCUGAAAGUUGUGCAAAAUCUCUUUAGAUAAGGUUGAGCAGCAGAGACUCCUCAGCCCUGGUGGUAGCUGAACUACAGCUGUAAGACACUGCCAAAAAGUCUGCGCGGAUCCAUGUGGCACAAAACUUUUCCUUGAUAGAAAAAUGCUGGACUAAUGGAGAUCACUUGGGAGAGCUCAAGUCACUACUUACAAACCUUGAAAAAAAGUAAAAUGGAUGCUAUACACAAGCUGAAGAUUUUUGUGAUGUUUCUGUCUCUGACUACUUUCACGGUCAUGGUGAUACUGAAUGCUGGAAAUGCCACUGGGAUAUUCAAAGGCCUGUUCUGGACAACUCCUGGAAACAUCUCAGCGAAGUACACCACUGACUUCACACCAGCUGGCUGGACUUUCCUCAUCUGGAAUGUCAUCUAUGCCUGGCAGCUUGCCUGGCUUCUCUAUGCUUUGACAGGGAUCUGUCGAAGGAAUGAAUUUGGAUGUGUCUACAUAAAGCCAAACUUGCUGCCAAUACCUUUUUAUGUGGUGUGGAUUCUGAAUAAUGGCUUCAAUGUUGGAUGGCUGUUUCUGUGGGACCGAGAAUACCUCCUCCCGGCCUUGGUGUUCCUGGCAGCCCUCACUCUUACUACAUGUGCCACCCUCUUCAUUUCACACCGACUGCUGAGCAUCCAUUCCUCAUGGUUUAUGAAGGGUCACAAAGCUGAGCUCUGGCUCAUCCGCAUCCUAGUCCAGAAUGGGCUGGUGCUGUAUGCAACAUGGACCACCAUUGCCACUCUACUGAACUUUGCCAUUGUGUUGAUCUACAAGUGGAAUGUGUCCAAUGGAACAGCAACAACUGCUUCUCUAAGCAUCUUUGCUCUUGAUCUAGUAAUAUGGUUUUAUCUAGAAAACUUCUUUCUUGACAAGUAUGUCCGCUAUAACCUUACAAUCUACCCAGUGGUCAUCAUAGCUCUGACUGGCAGUGCAUGCAAGAACUUCUCAUUUUCAUCCCCAACGACAAAUAGCAUUUUUAUAGUUGUUCUGCUGGCAAUGACUUGCUUGAUCUUUGCUGUUCGGCUGGGACUAGUCAUAUGGAGACACUGUAAGAGACCACUGGAAUCGUCAGAAACCCCAGACCAAUCAGGCACAGUGGCCUGAGACCUCUGGCAUGUUGUGGCAGAUACUUUAAAGAGAGAGAAAAGAAUUGGGCAUCCGCUGGUCCUUUCUUCCAGUAUCAAUUACCUUGUGCUCUUCUCUAACUAUUUCUUUCUAUUCCAAAUGUGCAUGGCUCAUGUCUGCAAACCUAUUCUGUUCCCACAUUUCCUCACAUCAGCUACUCACAGCCCCAUUUUGAAUCUGCAUCCUCCUUCAUUUGGUUUGACGCUGAAUCAGUGGAGGAAAAGGUCCGUCAGCUGACCAGCCUCAUGCAGCUUUGACUGAGCUGUGGUGCUCUGUUCCCGCCAGCACAAAGAGGGCUGUCAACAGGCACUUGACGGGGUUGUACAGACUGUUGUUCAUAUUCUUUCAUUGGUAGUUCAUUUUUCUUAAAGUGCAUCUCUAAGUGAACUGUCCCUGGGAGUCAAGAUGAGCAGUGGGAGGGAGGUCUGUCAUUCCUUUGGUCAUUCAGGGCUGUGUAUCUGCAAGCCCCAGAUCACUCUCUGACUCUGCAGACACCAGUCACUCCCACAGGCAGUGACUUCUCCCUUUCCUGCUUCUCCUCAUUUUGAUGGGAACAGAUACUACAGCUUUAGAGAUCUGCCUUUGCAGUGUCAGCUCUGAUAUUUGAUAUCCAAGGAGGGGAGGAGGAGUGACUGAAUACUUCUGACACAGUUGCAAGCCUUCAACCUAUUUCAGCUUGUUGCAUCUUCAGUUUCUAGAGCUACAUUCACUUUUCAGCGUAUCUGGGGCUCUGCUCUGGUUUUUCCUGACUUUCUCAGUUAAGUUAGUCACUGUGUCAGUGCCUCUGUUUGGACCCACAAUAACAGCAGAUUUGUGCUGUUUCUAUUCUGACUGUAAGACAGAGGAGAUCUGGGUCAGGCUGGAGUUGUGGGUUGCCUUUCCCUGAUCUGUGCAGAGCAAGCGGUGUACAAUUUGUGCUGGCUGGAUGCCUCCUGCUGGGGGAUGGUUUGUAGAUACUCUGGCAGGAGGUUAGAUGUACAGGCAAGAUGACACCUGAUCUGGGGUAAAGCCUGCUUCUUCAAAGGAAGCCUGUUUAAGAGGGAAAAAAAAUUAUUUGAGCUACUAAAGAAAUUAAUGCUGGAUCAGUACUUUCUCAUAUGGCUUCACUGCUGCUGAGUUGGUAUUGGGAAGCCUAAAAGUGUGUUGAAUGAAUUGUCAGACCAUUGCCUCUGUUUCCUGUGCCUACUCAAGAGUUGGUGGUGCCUUACUGGUGUCUAGAAAGUGUUCCUACAUGGGAGGUGCUUUCAAAUGCUGAAUACCUUGCAAUACUAUUACAAAGGUGAAAUAUUCUAAAAUAAUGUGCUAUUUUUUACAUUUACCAAAAAAAAAAAUUCCAUGUAAUGCAAUUCCUCUUGUUGUUCUAUCAGAUUGCUUUGAUUUCAAAUAA